UAUGGAAAUUGGAACUUCUUGUUUCAGUAGCUAUCAUUGCAAAUAUGCUUCUCGAGUAAACUAAUAAGAGACUAAAAUUAUAUGUUCUCAACAGCUUUGCCCCGUUUGUGUUAGUAACUCGAGCAACAUGGCAUUCGGCUGUGGGCAUCAGGCCUGUGAAGAGUGCUCAAGAGGUCUCCCAACAUGCCCUGUUUGUCAAAGCACAAUCCAAACGAGGAUAAAGCUCUCCUUCUAAUUUUUUUUUUUUUUUUUAAAGAAUCUCUUUGCUCGUAUGCUUUGUAAUUCAUUAUCAAAAUGACGUAAACAGUGAUUGAUGUGUUUGCAUUCGGUAUCGAGUGAUGGCGUUCUCCUUUGUACGUUAUUUUUUUGGUCUAAGAUAUAUCUUGUUCAUUUCUCAAUCUUCCCAAUCAUUCUGAUUUCUUCCCAUCAGAAAAAUGGUAGUAUAUAAGAAGCAGGUGGAUAUGACUG